AGCAGCACUAUGCAGUAUGCUGCGCGUCGCCUGUCACUUUAACGUCCACGCGUGGCUCACGCACAGCCUCGAAGGUUAUGGUGCUUUGUUUACAGUCGGUGUGUGCGCUGCUCGUGCGAGACUAUGAAACAAAAACGGAGUUUUCAUCCCUAGAAAAUCAUUAAAAGUCUGUGGAAUUACCUCCAGACUACCAUGUUUUCCCAAGGUGAACAAUCGCAGACGCAGAAAUGCGCACUGUGCAACGGUACAAACUUUUACAAGGAGGAUGGUUUUUAUUUCUGCAGCCAGUGCCAAACUCAAAAUGAUGACGUGAGAGAAGAAGUGUUUGAAGGACUUGAAGAAGCUAACAAGAACAUACGAGUCAGAAAAAUUAAAAUUAAAGAGGCCAAAACCGUUGACAGAGAUGUCGAGGGGUGGACAAGUUGGGAGCUGUAUAAUUUAGUCCUAUUAGGUUUAACGGAUGAAUUAAUUGAAACCGGAGUCGAUUCUAGCAUAAAGUUAACUGUAUUACAAUUAUGGACCAUGUACUUGACCAAACUUGAAGUAGCUUUUACUUCAAAAAGUAAGAAAAAAGUUCCCAAAAUAGCUAGACGUUAUCAUAAAAAAGAUGCAGACAUCUUCUAUGGAAAAAAAACUCGCAGGAAACGAAGAAAGAAAAGUAGAGGCAGUGCCACAAGUGCCUCAUCAAUGGUGUCAACAGAUGUAAGUGAAUCAGGUGUAUCUUCCAGAUCCAGAAGAAGUCAAGUCAAGAGAUUGCUAGUUAAAUCUGAAUAUGAAAGAUACUUAUCAAGCCAAGGAGAAUCUGAAACUGAUGCUAUGAGUUCCAUGAAUCAAAGUUUAAGUAGUUUCUCAUCUAGGGCCAGUUCUAGGACAGAACGCUCACAAAGUAUACACUUUAAUCAAAGAGCCAGAUCUGAAAAAAAAAGAAUCAAGACGAUGUCACACAAGGUUCCUAAAAAAAGAAAAAUAAAUCACCAUAAAUAUUUCAAUAGAACACAGUAUGCAAGAGGCCCUGAUGUAAUUUCACCCUUAAAAUUAUUGUCAAUUUUAUAUCUAGCUCUUAGAUAUCAUGAUCAUGGUAUUCAAAUAUCUGAUUUACUAAGGUAUGCAAGAGAAGGCCAUUUAUCAUUCUAUAAUAUGACAAGUUUACUCCCAUCAGAAGUAGUAAUAGAUAGAAAAGAUGAAAUUAUGUUGACCAAUGUGAAAGAUAUUACCCAUAAAGGUAUACGAAUGACUGUUGCUCAUAUGGCAAAAUUUAUUGAAAUGAAAGAAAUAGAAAAACCAAGUAUUAUAGAUUUAAUACAAAGAUAUUGUGAAGAUCUCCAUUUACCGCGGGGUAUUUUUCUGUAUGCAGAAAGACUUUAUGCAAUGUCACCUCCAGUAAUGGAAUUUAAUUUUCAAAUGUCUCAUAUUCCAAAUUAUGAAGGCAGAGCUAUGGCAUUUAUAAUUGUAAUUUUAAAAAUGUUAUUUAGUAUAGAUGAUAUUACAGAAAAAGAAACAAGUAGAUUGGUGGAAAAAAUAAACAAAUUGUCAUUGGAAAAUGAUCCAUCUGCAGCAAAAUUAUUUAGUUUUGGGGAGUGGCAAAGAUUUAUAGAAUGCUGCAAAAGUGUUCUUACCAAUGUUCACUAUCCUUCAAAAAUUAAGUACAAUCCAGAUAAUAUUGAUGCAGCACACUUGUUUAUACGAUACAUGCAAAUGGUGGCAUCAAAGAGAAUUAUAGACAUGGAAGAAACAAGUAAAUCAAAAAGAGGUAUUCCCACAGAAAUUUUGUCUUCUAUGCGUAAAUGUAUUCAAAGUUUGGAUGAUCAAGGUAUACCGUUAAGACAUAGUGAGCAAUUUCCUCCCACUUUCACUCCUUUCAAGACAUACAUUUCAGAGUUGUUAGAAAAUCCUAGCUAUGAAUUACCUUAUCUAUUAAAUACAAGGUUUUGGGAAACUAAAGUUGGAUAUUUAACAAAACCCGAUAAGCUAAUUGAACUAGCAUCUUAUUGUGGCAUCAAAUUGGAAGUUGUCAAUCAUAGUUUGCAGUAUUUCGAAAAGAUUGUACCAGCAUUUGCCUCACCGCCAGCGCUUAUAUUGAAAGAAAUGAGUGAACUUGUGGAUAUCGAAGAACCUGCAGAUGAUGAAAUUACAGAGAAUGUUUUAGAUUUUGUACACCGAGAUCGCAGUUGCAAAUUGAAAGUACAUCCUAAAAUAUUUAAAUACUAUACUACGAUACGUAAUAAAGAUCUAAAUUUGGAAGAGACAUUAGAUCUUGAUGAAGGUAGUGGUUUUGAUAAAAUAACAUCCGAUGGACGACUUGAUAUUGGUGAAGAUUGUGAUUCAGAUGAUGAAAUUUGUAUCGAUUUGACUUCAAAUGAAGACUGUGGACCAGUUGAUACAAGCAUUCUAUUGGAUAAUAAGUUUCAAAAAAAGUAUAACUUGUCACUAUACAAUCAUGAAAUCAAAUCUUUGAAAAAUUCAUGUAAUGAAAAUUCGGUUUCUGAUAAUAAUGAGGCGAGGGAAAACAAUGAAAGUGUAGUCUUGAAAAAAAAGUAUAAAAGGAUUCAAAACUGUACAGAAAUUUCAAGCGAUGAUGAAGAGGAUUCUAAGCAAUCCAAAACAAAAAAAAUAGCGAAAAAAAACCGUGAAAAAGAAAAUAUUGAUAAAAAUGCUGCUAAUGAAGAAGUAGAUUGCCUUGAUUUGUCUGAUAUUUCUAUUUUAGAAGAUAUGGAGAGUUUUGACAAAAGUCAAAAAAACUUAUCGACAGACUCAAUGCAAGAUCAUGAAAUUCUCUUUAGGCCAUUCAAUGACUAUUGGAUGUAUCAUUGUAUUUUUAGUCGAGUUUCAGGCAAGGACUUUGAAUUAUUCGAGAAAGAAUUGCCAAGAAAUUUUUCGUGGUUGUUGAAUGAAUGCGCCGAGUUAUUGGAAAUGUCGAGCGAAGAUUUGUAUGAAGAAGUAUGCAUGGUCGAAGCUGUACAUUUUAAUAUAAUUAAUUCGCAACCACACGACUUUGAUUACGGAUAUCACGACAGUGAAUCAACGUUUUACAAAAAUCGAACAAUGAAAAAGUGGUGAUAUUGUAUAAAUGUUUAUAAAAUUUUGUAAUUACAAUUGUUUUUAAAUGUGAAUGUACGUAAAUUUACGUACAAUGUAAAUAUAUUAA